CAUAUCUUUUUUUUCAUUUAGGAAAUCUGAAAUGAAAAAAACUGGUGGAGGGCCGUCUCCUCCAGAACUUAAGCCGUGGGAGGAAAAGAUAGUUGCUGUGCUGUCUAAUUAUGUCAUAUCUGGCGUGGAAGGUGGAUUUGAAUCCCUCAGUGUGAUGUCACCCAUGGAUAAUUGCAUGCCAGGAUGUUCUAAAAAGAGGAAAUUUGCUACUAUGAAGGACAAAGUGCUCGAAAUCGAAGAAGAAAAGCUAAGAAUAAUGAAAGAACAGCUUGACAUAGAGAAGAAGAAGUUGCAGAUCCUGGAAGAUUAUGUUUUGUGGAGAAAACAACAAGACAUUUCACCUUCAGUUUCGCCAGUGAUUAAGGGCCUGAUUAAUUUAUGACUGUUUUAAUUGUUCCCCUACAAUUUUAGCUCUACUGGUCAGAGACCAGAAGAGCUUAUGCAUUAGUAAGGUGUCCGUCGUCCGUCCGUCUAGCUGUCUGUCUGUCUUUAAACAAUUUUUCAAAACGCUACUCCUCCUACAGUUUUGAUCUGAUUUCAAUAUAACUUGGCACACAAGUAGACUAACACUAAGAUACAUAAUAUAGUGCAUCGGUUUUUGAUUUCAAUGAAGGGUGUUGCUAUUGUUACUAAAAAUAGAAAUGUGUGAAAUUCCUUUAAAACUACUCCUUCUUCGGUUUUGGUCUGAUGGCAAUGGCUUCUUUCUCAUCCUUUAUUAUAUAUAUAUUAUAUAUUAUAUU